UGUCUCUAAACUGUGCUGCACCAAAAUUCAACCACGCAAGUAAUCUUUAACUGGUGCCCACAUAAUGCCUAUCCAAUGCAUAUCAGUAGGCUUCUACAAAUUGUCAUUGGACUAUAUAAACACAUACAAAGAAAGGUUUACCAUAACAGCUCAACAAAACUUGAAAUCAUACAAAGCUUUUCUUUGCUUUCAAAGUCCUUAAAAGUUCUUUCCUACCUUAUUUGCUCAUCUAAAUUGAACUAAACGACCAUGGCUAUCCGUAUGCCUCGUAUAAUCAAGAUGCCUCGUAUAAUCAAGAAGUCUUCUACAGCUGGAGACGUUCCGAAAGGCCAUUUUGCUGUAUAUGUUGGGGAGAAGCAAAAGAAGAGAUUUGUGAUCCCCAUAUCAUUCUUGAGCCAACCUUUAUUUCAAGACUUGCUAAGUCAAGCGGAGGAAGAAUUUGGCUUUGAUCAUCCAAUGGGUGGUGUCACAAUUCCCUGUAGCGAAGAUGUGUUUGCUGAUCUUACUGCUCGCUUGAAUAGGAUCUGAGACUUUUCCUUUCACAGUUUUCUAGAGAACUAACAUGGAUUUCCAGUUUGUACAUUAGAAUAAUUAGGAAUGACACCACAUCUUUGAAAAGAAAAUAGAGGGGGCUACUGUCAGCUACAACUGUAGAUCCCAAUUUUGAAUGUAAUUUUCAGUAGUUUAGAAAAUGAAAUCUCUUCAGACUCA